UCUUGAUAAUUCUAUUUAUUUGUACAUAAUUAAGUAGAUAAAAAUCAAAUCUAUUGUAUUAAUGAAGUAAUUGAGUCAUCUUUAGUGAAUUUUAUUUAAUUCGUAAACUUUCUAUUAUUUUGUUUCAUGCAAAACUUACUAAAGUCGUAGAAAACUAAAACGUAAACAUGGCCACAGCCAUAGGUUGGGAAGAGUUGCGUAAACAAGCAAGACAUUUAGAAAAUGAAAUUGAUUUAAAAUUGGUUGGAUUUAGUAAAGUCGGAUCGUCUCAAGUAUCAUAUAAUAAGUCUGCGGAUGCAGAACCAUUACUUGGCGGUGAUCAUGUAUUUGAGAAUAUGUCUGCAGAAAUUGAGGAUCUUCUUUCUAAGUUACAACAAGUGAACGAACGUAUGAGUGAACAGCCAAUGAGUGGGGCUGCAAUGUUACACACACAGCAAAGACAUCGUGAAAUACUACGUGAUUAUCAACAGGAAUUUUCACGGACUCAAGCAAAUUUUACAGCACGAAAAGAACGAGAAGAUCUAUUACGUACCGUACGAAAUGAUUCAAAUGAUACAUCAUUUAAAUCUGCUACAGGCUUAAAUCGACGUGAUAUGUAUUUGAAGGAGUCUCAACACAUACAUGAAUCUGAUCGUUUGGUAAAUGAACAAAUUCGUAUAGCAGUUGAAACACGUGAUCAUUUAGUUGGACAACGGCAUACAUUUAAACGUUUACAAACACGUUUUAAUGAUAUAUCAAAUAGAUUCCCAUUAAUUAGUGGUCUAUUACAACGAAUUAAUAUUAGAAAGAGACGUGAUUCCAUUAUUAUAGGUUUAGUUAUUAGUUGUUGUACAAUUUUAAUACUAUUAUAUGCAUUUCAUUAG